CCUUUCUUACUUUAAACGUUUAUUGAAUGCCAAAAUGCACAUCGAAAUCUCUCAAGCUGUUGAGUUCCUGGGCCGACUACUGCAAUCUAAGCUCGACCAAGACAAACUAUCAUUGCUAAAAGAUGAACUGACGGAAUUACUCAAAGACCGUUUUGUUGACCAUUGGGAUCCUCUUCAGCCUUAUCGUGGCAAUGGCUUCCGGGCCCUCACUAACUUUAAUGGACAGCUUGACCCAGUCCUUGCUAUGGCCGCUAACAAUGCAUCGAUCCCAGUUGCAUGGGUCGAUAUCCAUUUACCUCGUGAUUUUGUUCUGUGGAUUGACCCCUUCUCGGUUUCUUAUCGAGUAGGUGACCAUGGCAACAUUAUGACGCUCUUUGAAGACCGUACUCGUGGACGAAUUUCGCUCAAGCCGGAGCCUCAAGGACGUAACACUUCCAAGAGUCCAUCCUGUAGUCCUUUGUUACAGUAUAUUCAGCCCAGAACAUCCACGCCUAUCCGUAUUUCCCCUCCAAGUAGCCCAGACACCCUCAGAUUAGCAAGAAAUCAAGUUCACCAGUCCUCUCCUUUGGCAAAGCAGCCAAAAAUAGUGACUGCAGUAGGUAAGCAGGAGCAACCUCUUGCUUCACCACCAGAAGAGGAAGACGACCAUCAGCAGCACCAGCUUGUAAUGGCGAACUAAUGGUCUCUCCCUUCGUGUCUAUAUUUCUCUCCCUUUCUUUUACGUAGUAUGGUUUCUCUCUAUUGUUUUGAUUUCACCCCUUAUUUGCCAGCUAUUUUGUCUAUUUGUGUUCAUUGUGUUUCGAUGUAAAUGCUUUCUUUGUUUUUCUCCGAGUGGACUGUAUUGUUUUUCGAUAAAACGCUGUUUUAAAA